GUGGCGUUAAGUAGGCGCGCGCGGGCGGCGCCCCGCUCAUUUCCUCGCGGCCGCGGGCAGGGCGGGUGGUCCCAGCGCUGCGUCUCCGUUGCGGCCUUAGGCCUCGUCCUUUUCUCAGAGCCCGAAGCCGCCGCCGCCCCUCGGGGGGCUACCGCCCGCCAUGAGCUACGGGCGCCCUCCGCCAGACGUGGAGGGCAUGACGUCCCUCAAGGUGGACAACCUGACCUACCGGACGUCCCCGGACACUCUCCGGAGGGUUUUCGAGAAGUACGGCCGCGUGGGCGACGUCUACAUCCCCCGGGACCGCUACACCAAGGAGAGCCGCGGGUUCGCAUUCGUCCGUUUCCACGACAAACGCGACGCCGAGGACGCGAUGGACGCCAUGGACGGGGCCGUGCUGGAUGGCCGCGAGCUCCGCGUGCAGAUGGCCCGCUACGGCCGCCCCCCGGACUCGCACCACAGCCGCCGCGGCCCUCCGCCCCGCCGCUACGGGAGCAGCGGUUACGGCCGCCGCAGCCGCAGCCCUAGGAGACGCCGCCGCAGCCGAUCGAGAAGCAGGAGCCGCUCUCGGUCCCGCAGCCGAUCUCGCUACAGCCGCUCCAAGUCCCGCUCUCGCACACGCUCCCGCUCGCGCUCCACCUCGAAGUCCAGAUCUGCCAGGAGAUCCAAGUCAAAGUCCUCGUCUGUCUCCAGAUCUCGGUCCAGGUCGAGAUCUCGGUCCAGAUCUAGGAGCCCUCCACCAACUUCAAAGAGGGAAUCCAACUCCAGAUCCAGGUCUAAGAGCCCUCCCAAGUCUCCGGAAGAGGAAGGAGCUGUGUCCUCCUAGGAAAAUGAUGCAUCAGAUAAAUGAGAAUCUACAUAAAGGACGCCUUUGGGGGGAAAGGAUCGCUUGAGUCUACAGUCCAUUGGAGAGACCCCUGGCAUGAGCAACCAGCUGUCGAAAAGGUUAUUUUGUAACAUUUUGUCUAACUUUUUACUUGUUUAAGUUGCGCCUCAAGUGGCAGAUUUUACAUUUUAUGUGCCAUUUUGUUGCUGUUAUUCAAAUUUCUUGUAAUUUAGUGAAGUGAACGACUACCGAUUUCAUUAUUGGCUUGGAUAUUUGAGGUAAAACUUCAUUUCUGUUUAUAUAGUGCUGACUUUCAUUUGAAAUUUAACGGAUGGUAACUCGCUGCCUCAAGUUUCAUACUGAGGGAGUGCACAGCUCUUCUGUGCUGAGUAGCUAACUGUCAGAAAGUAUCCUCAGUUUUGUCUUCAUUCCUUAAAUAAAAUUCUGAAGGAAAACAAAAAAAAAACCCUUCAAUUUGAAAUUUACUGUAAAUGCUUUUUUACUUUGAAUUGAAAUAGUAUCUUCAAAUUGGUAGAAAUCUUUUCAGGUGACAGUUGAUAUUUGAAAGGAUUGUUUUUAUCAGACUCAAUUCUAAUCUCUUCUCUUAUGUAUUUUUGUGCACUAGGCGCAGUUGUGUAGCAGUUGAGUAAUGCUGGUUAGCUGUUAAGGUGGCGUGUUGCAGUGCAGAGUGCUUGGCUGUUUCCUGUUUUCUCCUGAUUGCUCCUGUGUAACGAUGCCUUGUCGUGCAGAAACAAAUGGCUGUCCAGUUAAUUAAAAUGCCUGACAACUGCACUUCCAAUCACCCGGGCCUUGCAUAAAAAUAACGGAGCAUACAGUGAGCACAUCUAGCUGAUGGUAUACACACCUUAUUUUUUCCAGAAUGGUAAAUCUUGCCAACAUGCAUAUAUGAACUUAUAUUUGAGAAAUGUAAUGUUAAGAAAGAAAUGGUUCAUUCCUCUGUAAGUACUGAUUGGUGUAUCUUUUGCUUAAGACAUCUUGUACUAUACCCACUGUCUCUGUAGUUAAUAUUAAACAUUUUUUCUGUGUUAACUUUUCUCAACUUAAUGUCUGAGUCAGCUUAUUUUUAGCUUGAAAAGAUUUCUGCAAUUAUACUGUCAAUGUUUAACUUCUAUAUAGUAACAGAAUGCAUUCUACUGCUUCUUAACUUUAUCCACUGGGGUUGCUUUUAAAUUACUCUGGGCAGACUUGCUGGUAUUGUGACUAACCCAAAUGCUGUAUGAUAGUAUUGCACACCAGGCUCCAAACACCAAACUGGGUCUGUUGGAUGUUAUGGAGGAUACACACUGAGCAGUACUAAUUGCAUUUGCUGUGUGCUUGUCUUGAUUCAACAGGCUGCUGCUUAAUGGUAGCUCAUCUUAGUGAUCAUUCUUUUCUUGAUUUUAUUUUAUUUUUUUUGGAUACCAAAUGGAUUGUAAUGUCAAUCAUCACAUGUCAAGGGUUAUUGCAAUGCCUUGUUAACUUUAUGCAUGUAUGUUAAAUGGAAAUGGAAACAUCUGAAUACUUGCAGCCUGGCUUGACCAGGGAUUAAAAGUGCUUUUCUACAAACUGAGGAGUUUCUGUGUUCCAGGACUGAGUGUCUAGCAGCAGUCUACAUAGAUUCAAUUACAGGGGCUGGAUUUUGUAUAAGAAUCUUAAGGGAAUGAGCUUCAGUCCUAGGAAACCAAUCUUAAGGGAUACGUUUAUCUUUAAAAGAGUUUGGUAACUUUUCUUUGUAGCUGAAGUUGUGAAUUUAAGUUGGAUCUUGUGGAUUGUCAGGUUGCUAUGUUGUGUAGUGGCUUACAUAAUGGAAAUGAGUCUCUUGAAACAUAACUUGGUCUUUGGGAAGGAGAACAAAUUUCUCAAAAGCCAUAGUUACACAAAUAAACAGAUUUAUUUUUACAAUGCAUGUUUUAAGAAGUACUGCUAACGGGGAUCUGCUUUCCAAAACAUACAUGAGGUUUGCUGUAAAUCAGACUGUUUCCUGCAGAUCCAUGCUAAAGUUAAUUAUAAUCUUGUAAUGGAACCAAUGAGUGGAAUAAACUUAAGUACCAUCUGA